AUGACAAUGGUGACAACAUUUCAAGAGUUAUGUAUUGAUAUUAUUGUUGAAAUUUUAUCAUAUUUUAAUGUACAUGAACUUUUUUAUUCAUUUUGUCUUCUUAUUCCGUGCUUGCCAAAAUUAUUAGUUAAUGCUCGAGUACGAUUGCAUGUUCGAUCGAAUAACUCUUAUUUUAUUCGAUGGAUUUUACCGCAUAUUCAAUUGACUCAAGUUUAUUCACUUAAUGUUCCAGCUCGUCCAUAUAAUCCAUCUAUAUUUGAAUUUACAGGUCUUCGUUCACUCGUACUCUACGAUGUCGACAAUCCAUUGUUACUUCUUGAAAGUAGUAAUAAUUGGCCACCGUAUUACCUCGAACAUCUUUCGCUACAUAUACGAAAUCAAGACACGCCAAGUACAUCAUCAAAUAUUGGCACACGAGUACUUGAACGUGCUUUUCAAUUACGAAGAUUGAAACGUUUCGAAUUACAUGAAUCGAAAUCUAGUUUAAAAAUGGUCGCAAUGUAUGAUCAAUUAAUUUUUCCAUCGGCUUUUCAAUCGUCGACUAUCAAAUGUCUAAUUAUAACUGUUUACUGCAAUUGGACAACUCUACAAUCCAUGCUCAAUUAUUUACCUGAUUUACGUCAUUUUCGAUUUCGCUCUAGUCUGAAUUAUUUUGAAACUCGUUCUCCUCAAUUUUGUUUUUCAUUGAUUCGUACACUCAAUCUUCGACUCGAUGGCUUACAAACAGAUAAUUUUGUUAGUUUAUUUCGUAGCGCACCAGUUUUACGUCAACUUCGACUACAAUGUUCUUUCACUCUCUUUAAACAAUGUCAAAUGAAUUUACUUAAAAGUGACGCAUGGAUUCAAUUGAUGGAUACAUAUACACCUCACCUGAAAGUUAUUGAGAUUGAUCUUCAAUUUCGUUUAAAUAAUGUUAAUGGAAAAACAAUUGAAAUGAUCAAUGAUGAUUUAAAAAUUUUAAAUUUAAAAAUUAAUAGUGAUUCAAAUAAUGGAAAUCAUUGUUGGAAAAUGGCAGGCAUUUUCAGACGAUUUUAUUCUAAAGAAAAUUUAAAUUAG